AUGGCCGACCUCCACAACACCCCCAUCGUCAUCGACAACGGCAGCGGCACCAUUCGCGCCGGAUACGCCGGCGAGGACCUGCCCAAAUGCUUCUUCCCCUCCUUUGUCGGCCGGCCGAAACACACGCGGGUGCUCGCGGGUGGGUUGGAGGGUGAUACGUUUAUUGGGAAUAGGGCCCAAGAGUUGAGGGGGUUGUUGAAGAUUCGGUAUCCGUUGGAGCAUGGUGUGGUGACGGAUUGGGAUGAUAUGGAGAGGAUUUGGCAAUAUAUCUAUACGGAUGAGUUGAAGACGUUGAGUGAGGAGCACCCCGUAUUACUGACGGAAGCCCCCCUCAACCCCCGCCAGAACCGCGACACUGCCGCCCAGAUCCUCUUCGAGACGUUCAACGUGCCCGCUCUCUACACCUCCAUCCAAGCCGUCCUUUCCCUCUACGCCUCAGGCCGAACCACAGGCGUGGUCCUCGAUGCAGGCGAUGGCGUCUCCCAUGCUGUGCCCGUGUACGAAGGCUUUGCGAUCCCUAGCAGCAUCCGCCGCAUCGACGUCGCUGGACGGGACGUGACAGAGAACUUGCAGCAGCUGCUGCGCAAAGGAGGCAGCGUCUUCCACACCAGCGCUGAGAAGGAGAUCGUGAAGCAGGUCAAGGAGAAGACAUGCUACGUCGCGCUGGAUCCGAAGAAGGAAGAGAAGGAAUGGAUCAAUGCUGGAUCGCGAGGGAAUGAGAACAAGACGGUGGUGUAUGACCUACCUGAUGGCCAGAAACUGAAGGUCGGCAUUGAGCGGUUCAGAGCGCCAGAGAUCCUCUUCGACCCUGAGCUCAUUGGUCUCGAAUGGCCGGGUCUGCAUCAAAUCGUCGUCGACGCUAUCGGACGGACAGACAUGGACCUGCGCAAGGCGCUGUUCGGCAACAUCGUGCUGUCUGGUGGUUCGACAAUGAUCAAAGGCUUUGGCGACAGAUUACUGCAUGAAGUGCAACGACUGGCGGUCAAGGACAUGCGUAUCAAGAUUUUCGCGCCGCCGGAGAGAUUGUACAGUACCUGGAUCGGCGGCAGUAUUCUAGCGGGCUUGAGCACGUUCCGGAAGAUGUAUGUGACGAUUGAUGAUUGGCAUGAGAAUCCAGAGAUCAUCCACCAGAAGUUUGCGUGA